AUGCAUGCCAAGGGUGAUAAGGGUCACCAAUGCCUGGGUGGUACUCAGAAGAAUUUUAGAGAAAGAGAAACAAGCUGGUGGAUGAAUCAAUUGACGACCAGCAAUCAUGCAUACUACAAGCAGCAAAUGGCAUGCUGGGAAUGGAAUGACAGGAAUCUAUCAGCAAUGGGUUGCAUGCUCCAAGACCACUUGCAUCAGUAUGGGAGCAAGCCAAUGAAGCAGAGGUGCCAGCAGCCUCUGAAUGUCAUGAUGGGUCACAGAAGAAGAAAAGGGACAAAGUUCACGACAUACUUUAUGGUGCCCUAUGUAGCAACCUUGCUGAUCACAGAUGAUUACAGUCCCAUAACAGUUGUCAAGGCACACAAGACCAUGGUUGCAAGUAGCGAUGUGGGUUCCCUCAUCCACCCCACAAAUGAUGACGAUACAGAGUUGGAGGAGAUAUUUCAUAGAAACAUUGUCGCCUUUCGACUAAAGCAACUGGAGCUCCUGACAUGUGAAGCAACAAGUGAUACCUGGGAUGCCGCUCAGGCUCUGCUGGAACUCCAAGGGCAAAUGCAGAAGGCAUCUCCUACUCUGUCAUCCUGUCCACGACCUCGCCUCAGAGUUAAAUUACUUGUGACAGAUGAUGAUUCCAAUCAAGCUGCCAACAAGUUACAUUCAGAGCAGACCACAAUGGUCAUGCUGAGCAGCAAGUCCCAAUCAACAGUGCUGCCAGUGGCCACUGCAUGUGUCCAGCAGCACACCCCAAAUGCAAGCAUAGGUCAAACUGCUGGACUUGUCACAUCAGAACAUGCUAAGCUAACUUAUUUGGACACUUUCAAGACCGUUUAUGCACUUUCAUCAGAACUCAAUGCCACCUUGCACCUCUUGGACUUCUAUGCACCCAGCUAUGUGUAUUGUUGA